GAUUGUACACUACUCGAACUCUCAGCGCCGAAGUGCUAGUUGUAUGACCGUCUAGCCACACUUCAACUAUCUGAUUCAGAAACUGUGAACUUUUUCUCUAUUGCGAUUACAGAAUAAAAACAAACUUAUACAAAAUGUUUUCAAUUUCGAGAACAGUGUUCGCUAUAACCACAAUACUUUUAAUACAAUGUGGUGGAGAAGCUUUGGCCAAUAUCAUGUGUGCUGAUGACAAUUGGUACUUCGAUUUAAUGACUUUGAGGUGUAAGUCAUGCACUGUUUGUGUCGAGGAGCUAGGGAAAGUUGAACUGACGCCAUGCGACGACCUCAGCGACAGAAUAUGCGUUGAUGUUCCACAGUCAGGCUCGCCAUGGCCAGCCCCGGAAGAAUUUCGUCUCCAGACAGAAAGAGAGCAGGAUCUCGACACAACAACAGUAAAUCCAGAUCUGCUUACGGUUCCAGUUAUUGACCCAGAAGAUGGGGCAAUUAUUGCUAGCGAGAAAAGUCUUCCGAUGAGCAACCCCGUCACGGAGGGAGAUUUACACGAACCUCUACAGAAGCUACAGGCAAUAAUCGACCACCAAGCUGCAAGGCUGAUAUUCUGGCGGUACUCUGCUUAUGGCUUGUCGGCGGCCCUAGGGUUCACGAUCGUACUUGUUAUAGUUCUAUUUACGUGUAUAUAUUGUCCAGUGCACCGCCAUUCCAUUGCAAUCAGAAAAGGUGAUUUGGAAAAGGGAACAACAAAGACGGAACCACGUAAUCUUGAGUUGGAUUAUAUGGAGUGUGAUCUUGAAGAAGGGUAUGGUGAUCUGCAUCGACCACGCUUGUUCUCUCGAGGACGACUGUCUAGUGCCGACUUCUUACGCUCGUUGAGUAGUCAUGAAAAGAAAAGAGAAUCAAAGGAAGGACUUUUUGAUCAGAUGAUCUAUCCGCCUCCAAAUAUGUACAGCCAAUCAGGAAGUGUCGGGGAGGUUUUCCCAGACAACAAUAACUUCCAGCAUACCGUGAUGAGUGAUGACGAUUCGGGAUUGCCUAAUUGCGACAGUUCAGCAACAACAUCAAAAGGUAAUAUCGUCUCCCACGAAGACAAGUAUUCAAUCACUGAUGCCCAUAUGCAGGAUCCUGUUAUCGAAACACAGCUCCCGGAAUUUGUUUCUAAUAGCCCGUCUCAGAAACAGCUGGUAACACAUUGGUCGCAGGGUAAAGCUGUGUCAGUUACUACUUUACAGAGCUACGAUGUUUGACUCGACUCGGUUUAACCAAUUACUUGAGUGAAUCAACUUGUCAGAAUGCAGUCAAGAGACACUUCAGAGACGAUGCUCAGCUGUGGCAACCAUGGUUACCAAUUUGUAAACAAGUUAAAUAUAAACUGCAUGUAAUUGCAACGAGUAGAGUGGUUUAGUUAACAAAUGUAUAUGGCCUUUCGACAUCAAGGCAAUGCAAUAUUUGGUAACACUUACAGUCAGUGUGGUUGAUCCGAUAGUUCAGGGAAGCAGUGCAAUCAAUCAAAAUUAUUUCAAAGCUUUUCACAAAUUGUUGUUUUUCAUAGAAAAUGUGUUAUUGUAUAGUUUUGAAUAUUUGAAUCAUAAUGAGAAGGAGGGGAGGGGAGGGGACAAGCAGCAUUAUUAUUCCUUAAAGCAACAGGUUGCUAUAGGUCUAAUCUCACAGUGUAUUUACUUAAAUGAAUCAAAAUAACAAUAGAAAACGAAGGACGGACUACUAUAAUAGUGUAAAUAAACACAAACAAGGAUGGACACUGAGGAGUGCUGUUUUAAUAUUGCUUGCACUCAAAUAAAUUUCAAUGUUGUAUUGAUAAUAUGAUUAAUGUACUGCCAACUCUUUUCUUCAAUAAAAAACAUUUUUGCUGCUAUUAGUUGUUUUCAAGUAUUUUAAAUAAUUUUUAUUUUUGAAUACUUUAUUUCUUACAAAA